CCAGUCCCUCGCUCUGCCCUCCGGUGGCCCCAGCGGCCCGGCCCUCGUCCCUCGCGGGCCUCGACAAUUUUGCCUGCCGUCCCCGGAGCCCGGUGCCCGGCUCGAACUGCACAGGGGAGCGCGGACGAGCUGUCUCCAACUGGACAUCCAGGGCACCUCUCCUGUUCUUUCUGACUCUUGAAUUGGAAGCUAACAAGACUCUACAGCCUGGAAAAGAAGUAAAAGCCAAUCAUCCUGAGGCCAGUGGUGGCCAGAAGAAGAUGGAAUCAAGAGGUCAGAGUCUUGCAGUUAACAUAGAAACCAGGCUGAUCCAGGCUACAUCCUAACCUAGCUGUUUUGUGCAGUGGAGAGUACUUGAAGGGAGCAAGGAUUCCCUGCAAUUCCUGCCUGCAACUGGGCAAACACUUACUCCCCUCUCAGCUCUGCCUGCAGUUGAACACAAAGACCUGGAGGAGACUCCCACAUCCUUCGGGGAGGAGAAAGGAGGCGGCGAGGCCCGAUUAAAGGAACUUGGGGGUUGGUUGCCUCUCUGCACCGGCCGGCCGGCGAGGGGGCGAGGGGAUUAGAGUCCCGGGGCGGUGACCGAGCGGGAGAUGAGGCGCUGCCGCCGCCGCUGACCCUCGGUUCCGGACCAUCCGCUGCGCUUUGUGCCGCCCGCACAUGUGUCUGCCCGGCGCAUCCGGAGGCGCGCACACGAGCAUCCACCACGGCCGCCGGGGAGAGAGUGCCCGCCAUGCCCACGGAGAGCCUACAGACAGGUAGCAUGGUGAAGCCGGUCAGCCCCGCCGGCACCUUCACGUCGGCCGUGCCCCUGCGCAUCCUCAACAAGGGGCCCGACUACUUUCGCCGCCAGGCGGAGCCCAACCCCAAGAGACUCAGCGCCGUGGAGCGGCUGGAGGCCGACAAGGCCAAGUACGUCAAGAGCCAGGAGGUCAUCAACGCCAAGCAGGAGCCCGUGAAGCCUGCGGUGCUGGCCAAGCCCCCAGUGUGCCCCGCCGCCAAGCGCGCGCUCGGCAGCCCCACGCUCAAGGGCUUCGGAGGCGGCGGCGGCGGAGGCGGCGGCGGCGCCAAGAGCGAGGGGGGCGCGCCUCGCGAGACCCUGAAGCUGGAGAUCCUCAAGAACAUUCUCAACAGCUCCGAAGGCUCGAGCACGGGCUCGGGCCACAAGCACAGCGCGCGGAACUGGCCGGCGCCCCGGGCUGACGCGGCCGAGCUGCACCGGCACUCGUUCGCCGAGUCGCUGCGCGCGCGGCCCGCGCCGGGCCGGGGCAGCCCGCAGGAGGGCGGCUCGCACGUGGGCCGCCGGCCGCCCGAGCCCGCCUCUUCCGCCGCCGCCGCCGCCGACGCCUUUCUGCACGUGUCGCACAGCUCCUCGGACAUCCGCCAGGGGCCCGGGGCCAGGCCCCUGAAGGCCAUCCUCCCCUGCAGCAGUUCCGCCCCGCCACUGCCCCCCAAGCCCAAGGUGGCCGCCCCGGCCGCAGUGAAGUCCCCCGAGGCCGAGGCGGCCGAGCCGGCCGGCGGGGUGGGCCGGAGACCCUCGCUGCAGCGCUCCAAGUCGGACCUGAGCGACAGGUAUUUCCGCGUGGACGCCGACGUGGAGCGCUUCUUCAACUACUGCGGACUGGAUCCAGAGGAGCUGGAGAACCUGGGCAUGGAGAACUUCGCGCGGGCCAACUCGGACAUCAUCUCGCUCAACUUCCGCAGCGCCAGCAUGAUCAGCUCGGACUGCGAACAGUCUCAGGACAGUAACAGUGACCUUAGGAACGAUGACAGUGCCAAUGACCGGGUGCCCUACGGCAUCUCCGCCAUCGAGAGGAACGCGCGCAUUAUCAAGUGGUUGUACAGCAUCAAACAGGCCAGGGAGUCGCAGAAGGUGUCCCACGUGUAAGAGGCAGCAGCGCGCCCGGAGGGAGGCAGGGGGCGGUCUCUGUCCGCGCCUCGGCACUUGUGAAGGUUGUGAGGUCUCCUUGAAGUGUUGUGAGCUUCUCCACUCUCUUUGUGUUGCUUGUUGUGCAAUGUCUUUCCAGUUGCAUGCCCGCCAACACGGGGACUGACCUGGCGUCCUCGGCUACCAUCGCUGCAGAGCCUGGCCGGUCGCGCGUCACCCGCCCCAAAGUGUCAGGCCACAUCCUAAUUUAGGGCUUCGAUCUUUGGCAAAACUGUUUACACGGAAAACGGUAUACAACUUCUUCAAUAUU